AGAAUAUCUCACUGUAUGGUGUUUGGGUUUCAAAAAAAAGGUUGAGAGUCGUACUGCUAGGGCAUCUGUGUUGAUGGGUAGACUGAGUGAGUGUUGGAUCUAAUCCUCCACCAGCUGAUAAAUUCUCAGAUAAAUCCACUUGGUGUUAAUGAUUUUAUAAAAGACAAGAAAUUGACUUCUAAAGAGUAAGUCCAUUAACACAGGAUUCCACUUGUUUCUCAUCCAUGUAGAACUUGCUUAAACAAGCGCAUCACAUCUUGGUGUAGCCCUAAAAAAUAUUCUCCAACUUGCAAAAACCCACCAGCUUCUCCUCCUUAUAAGGAGCCGGAAUUGCUAGCUCUUUCCCAUACCAUCCCUUGACUUCAGUCUUCUUCCUUGACUGAGGCAAACUCCCUUUCCAACUUGUUUCCCUUUUUGAUGGUUUUUCGCCCUUUGAAGCCUCCAAAUAUAAUCCCAGCUUGAUCAGCUCACUUGCACCUCCUUUUCCAUUCUUGCAGCUGCACCUAACUCUUCCAAGCUUUAUCAUUUUUAUUUUAUUCCCAUUCAUUCAACUAUUCAAGUAAUGGCAGCGAAUACCAUCACCUCUUCACGUUGCAACUCCUACUGGACUCCAAAGCAAAACAAGCUAUUUGAAAAGGCGCUGGCUGUAUAUGACAAGGACACCCCGGACCGCUGGCAAAAAGUUGCUGAAGCCGUGGGUGACAAAUCCCCCGAGGAAGUAAGGAGGCACUAUGAGAUCCUAGUGGCUGAUCUCAUGCAUAUAGAAUCUGGCCGCAUCCCUAUACCCAACUACAAGGGCACUGGGAGCAACAGCAGAUGAUGAGCAGAGGCUUAUGAAGAAUGAAAAGCUCCAAUAAAGCAAAAGUUUCAGGCGUGUUGUCAAAAGAUACCAUAAAGUAUUAAAAAGCAUGUGCAUGAAGAAGUUGUGUGUGCAUUUACCUCCUAUAUUCUGCUAGAAGCUUUAGAAGCUUUUUGAGUGUUUGUGUGCUACUAAGUCUGUAUAAUGAUGCUGGUAUUGGUGUUUCCAUCUAAAGUUUGUUGUACUUAAUUUUUGUGGGAAAAUGCUACUAAAUCUAAUCCUUUGUU